AAACUCGGCCAUCUUUCUAGAGCUACAACUUUCCGACCUGGAGAUCACCGAUGUCAUGAAAGCACCAUGAACUUCUCCCACAAUCUGACCUCUGAUGUCACAUACUAAGAAAUUACCCCAAUAUUAGCGUUUGACAUUUUUGUAAUAACAAAACAUUUAUUUAAAAAAUCUAUCUAUUAAUAUGGGUUUUGAACACUAAUUUGUUUAUAAGCAUGAUAGCUAGCUGUACUUGUAGUUUACGGUUGACACAGCUUGUUUUUCAAAGCACGUGAAUGUAUCCAACUCGUAUUUACACAACAUUAGUCAAUAUCACCUUCCUACUUGGUUAUGAACGCAGCAUAUGCUAGCUAACUGUAGGUAGGAAAAAUGUGCUUGUUUAGCUAACGUUACUUGCUAGUUCGCUAGCCCUGUAAACUAACAGUGAAAAGAUGGCGACGGCAAUAUACCUGGAACAUUACCUUGACAGUAUUGAGAAUCUGCCCUGUGAACUACAGAGAAACUUUACACUGAUGCGGGACCUGGACAAUAGAACUGAAGAGAAAAAAGGAGAGAUCGACAAGCUGGCAGAGGAGUACAUCUCAAGUGUAAGGAACUUGGCUUCGGAACAGAGGGUUGAGCACCUGCAGAAGAUCCAGAGUGCUUACAGCAAGUGCAAAGAGUUCAGCGAUGACAAAGUGCAGCUUGCAAUGCAGACAUAUGAAAUGGUGGACAAGCAUAUCCGCAGGCUGGAUGCAGACCUGGCCCGAUUUGAGAAUGAGCUGAAGGAGAAGCUGGAAGUGAGCGGCUAUGAAAGUCCAGAAGGAAGAGGGUUAAAGAAGGGUGAAGGUCAGGGACUAAGGGAGAAGCGAGGACCCAAGGGGAGAGGCAGGAAAUCAUCGGAUGAGGAUUCUCCCAGGAAGAAAAAGCUUAAAAAUAGCCCAGGAUUGAGUUCUGCUCUCCUGCCAAUGCAACCGUCAGAUGUUUUGGACAUGCCAGUUGAUCCCAAUGAGCCAACAUACUGCUUGUGCCAUCAAGUGUCAUAUGGAGAGAUGAUUGGAUGUGAUAACCCUGAUUGUCCAAUUGAGUGGUUUCACUUUGCUUGUGUUGAUCUUGCUACAAAGCCCAAAGGAAAAUGGUUUUGUCCACGGUGCACCCAGGAUAAGAAGAAAAAAUGAGAUAUAUUUCUUUAAAGUACUUUUCUAUAAAUAUGUAUUUUGUCUAUGUAGUAAAAUAGUGUAAUAUAUUUACAAAAUUAUUUCCCUUUCUAUGAUGGCCGUGCAUACAUAUUAUGGUCUAAAUACAAAGCUUUUUUUCAAAGUACUUGAAAUAUGUAAACAUUUAAGUUUUUGUAUUUUACAAACAAAUUCAACAGCUGAUAACACAUCAUUUUUUUCAUGGUUUAGUUUCCAUCUUUUAUUCUGUCCUCACUUAAAUAUUAGGGCCAGUGUUAAUAUCUCAUUUGUUUCUGCAUUUUAGUUACCUAGCUACCUCUCGGAUUCAAGCACAUGCAUAUACUGCAAUCUUGAAUCCUGCCUAAAAAAAAUCUAUCUUAAACCAAGCAACCACACAUAAAAGUUCACUCCGUCCAGUCUUGGAGUAAUAAGCUGUCUGGUAAAAGGUGCACUAUAUUGACUAUCAAACGCAUUUGCCCACUCUUGAAUGGGUUAUGGUGAUAAUGAUCAGACAUUUAGGAAGGGACUGGUAUCUCUUUGCCAACAUAACCAGCAAGCGUUAAAGCACUUUGAAUAAAAAAAUCAGCUGUUCACCACUAAUGAUAAACAAUUUAACAAUCACUACUCCCUAGAUAAAGUGAACAUAGUGCAAGCCCUAUUUUUUUGUUGUUGUGGGGAAUGGCUUUCCAAAGAUCUUUAUUCACGCUGCUGUAAAGUACAAAUGAAAGACAAACAUUUGUAAGAAAUUGAACAAUAAUGAAACAGGUUAAUGAUUCUGAGCUAUUCACUGGAACCAAGGUCCACUGCUAUUGCUUUUGAAUAUUUUGUUGACCUAAAAUAUAGAAUGUGGAGAAUUUUAUUAUAUUAAAGUUAUUGCAUGUUUUUAAGGUUGACCAUAAGCAAUUAUGCCACUUAUUAUUCUAACCAUACACAAAAUACUAUUGUCCUUUGAUAUACAAUGUUGACAAGGACAUGUGACAAUUGUGAUUUCCUUUCCAAAGAUCUUUAGUUUUUAUUCAUUGUUUUGGGAUUUUUAGGGUUUUAGCAUAACUUUCUUUUUUUUUUCAACUGUGAAUGUAUCAAUCUUGUACAAGAAUAAUGUUGUUAAAAUGGAGAAAGGUCCAAGGAGCCAAAGUAUUUGUGUUUUGUACAUGCCAGUGUUUCAUAUCAAUAAACAUCUACAACUAUUCAAUAUUUCAAUAAAAUCUAAA